AUGCCUUACCUUGGCCGAGAGAAAGGACGCAGUCCGAGAUCGCGCAGGUCAGACGAUGAAUUCGUCGUAUUUCUCCAGGGCAUCCCUGCGCACUGUCGCUGGCAAGAAUUGAAAGACUUGGUGCGCCAAACGGCACAACACAUCCGGCAGGCUGUUGUAUACGACGACAGCCAUGGAUUCCCCACUGGAUUGGGACAAAUCAUAGUCAAGAAUGAAGAUGAAGCGUGGCGGACUUAUCACCGGCUAUCAACCAACGGAUGGGAAGGCCAAAGCUUGGUCGUUACGCUAGCGCGUACCAGUGCUCCUACAAAGCCCAUUGCCGGCCCUACCAGGAGCCCACCGGCCAUGAUCCAGAGCUACAUGUCCGGUCAUUCGACCCCGCCUCGGUCGGGCAGUGUAGCCAUGCCUCCAUCGCCAAUCUCGCCCGAAUCCGUCCAGUCUCCAGCUACUACCUACACAUACCCCUGCGACUUCGGACCCAUGAUGAGCACCAUGCCAAUGGGCCCCCAGCAAUUCGUCCCCAUCAUGCCAGACCCCCACGCCCAGCCAAUGCAAUGCUUCCCGCCCUCCCCAAUGAUGCACUGCACCACAUUCGACCCUCCAGCCUGGAACAUGAUGCCCAUGUACCCCAUGUACCCAAUGUCACCUAUCCAGCCACUGCCAGAGUCCAGCAUGGGCGAGUACUGCCCGCACCCAAACAAACCCUGGACCAGAGACUCGACCAUCACUCCGACAAGCGACCUUUCCCAGCGAGCAGUCUGUAUCAAGAACCUUCACAAAACAACCACAGCGUCGGACCUGGAGAAUCUGCUCCAGGGCGCUGGGAAAGUGGAACAAUGUAAUGUGGUUGUAACCUCCGAUGCAAAGUCGAACCAAGCACAGACGCACGGGUCGGCGAUUAUGCACACUGUCGAGGAGGCGAAGCGGGCUAUCACGAUGCUCAAUAAUAUGGUAUUCAUGGGCUCGCGCAUUCGCGUGAAGAUGGAUACCAGACCUACUAUCACACGCAGUGGAAGCUGGGAUGGGUCCAUGGGGCCUUCCGAUCCGGACUUACUGGAAAUGAUCUCGAAGAGAAUAGGAUCCAAGUGUGCCAAGGCUAAUGAAGAGAAUGUGACCAAGGGAAUGGAUCUUUGUAAGCCGCUCGUUGUUGAUGGAUCGGGUCAGGGUCCAUCAUUAGAGUUGUUAUCAACGUCGGCGCCUACCUAG